CCACCAUCGACCCGGGCGACCUCGCCGUCCUCAACGACCUGCGCCGCUCCCUCACCAACGCCGACACGCUCGCCUGGCCCAAAGCCACCGACCCCUGCGGCUCCCCAGGCUGGCCGCACGUCUCCUGCGACCGCGCCGGCCGGGUCAACAACCUCGACCUCAAGAACGCCAACCUCGCCGGAACCCUCCCCGCCUCCUUCCCGACCCUCACCGCGCUCCAGGACCUCAGCCUCCAGAACAACGCCCUCUCCGGCUCCCUCCCCUCCUUCUCCGGCAUGGCCUCCCUCCGCCACGCCUACCUCAACGGCAACGACUUCACCUCCAUCCCAUCCGACUUCUUCUCCAACCUCGCCGACCUCGAGGAGAUCUGCCUCGACGACAACCCGCGCCUCAACGCGUCCACGGGCGGCUGGCGCAUCCCCGCAACCCUCCCCACCUCCGCCCCGCAGCUCCGCGUCCUCCGCCUCGACAACUGCAGCCUGGUCGGCCCCAUCCCGCCGUCCCUCGGCGCCAUGACCGCGCUCCAGUCCCUCAUGCUCGCCUACAACAACCUCACCGGCGCCAUCCCGCCCACCUUCGCCUCCUCCGCCAUCCAGACCCUCUGGCUCAACAACCAGCGCGGCGACGCCGACCGCCUCUCGGGCCCGCUCGCCUUCCUCGCCGGCAUGUCCCGCCUCCAGCAGGCCUGGCUGCACGGGAACCACUUCUCGGGCCCCAUCCCCGACGCCAUCGCAAACCUCACCCAGCUCACGCAGCUCUGGCUCAACGGCAACCGCCUCGUCGGCCUCGUGCCGCCCGCCCUCCUCUCCCUCCCACUCCUCCACGACCUCAAACUCGACGACAACCUCCUCGUCGGCCCGGCCCCCGCCCUGCUCUUCCCCGGCGCCAACGUCACCUUCUCCCACAACGGCUUCUGCGGCGCGUCAUGCGCGCCCGAGGUCACGGCCCUGCUCUCCUUCCUCGCCGGCGUAUCCUACCCGCAGCGGCUCGCCGAGUCCUGGGCCGGCAACGACCCCUGCAGGGACUGGCUCGGCGUCUCCUGCUACCAGGGCAAGGUCACCCUGCUCAACCUCCCCGGGUACGGCCUCAACGGCACCGUCAGCGCCAGCCUCGGGAACCUCUCCGCGCUCUCCGACGUCAGGCUCAACGCCAACAACCUCACCGGCCGCGUCCCGGACAGCCUCGCCGGCCUCAAGUCCCUCAGGAAGCUCGAUCUCUCCACCAACGACCUCACCGGCCCGCUCCCGGCCUUCAGCCACGACGUCACUGUCAAUGUCGACGGCAAUCCCAGCUUCAACGGCCCGGCGCCUGGCUCACCUGCCCAUCGGUCGCCGACGCCUCCCAGCACGCCAGCUGACUCUCCCAGCAACGACAACACCACCAGCAACAAGAAGAGAUCAGCCCUGGUGCUGGCAGUCACCAUCCCGGUGGCGAUCACCGUGCUGGCCCUCGUCUCGCUGGGCGCCGUGCUGCUCUUCCGCAAGAAGAGCAGCAACGGCGCCGUCCAGCCGCAGGCGUCCUCCGUGGUCGUCCACCCGCGCGACGGCUCCGGCCCGGACAACCUCGUCAAGGUCGCCAUGGCCAGCAGCGACAGCUUCGGCGGCACGUCCAGCGGGACCAGCAGCCGCGACAGCGACAUCCACAUGAUCGAGGCGCGCAGCUUCGUCAUCGCCGUGCAGGUCCUCCGCAGCGCCACCAAGAACUUCGCGCAGGACAACGUGCUCGGCCGCGGCGGCUUCGGGGUCGUCUACAAGGGGGUGCUGCACGACGGCACCAUGAUCGCCGUCAAGCGGAUGGAGUCCUCCGUCAUCAGCAACAAGGCCCUCGACGAGUUCCAGGCGGAGAUCGCCAUCCUCACCAAGGUCCGGCACCGCAACCUCGUGUCCAUACUCGGCUACGCCAUCGAAGGGAACGAGAGGCUGCUCGUCUACGAGCACAUGUCCAACGGAGCGCUCAGCAAGCAUCUCUUCCAGUGGAAGGUGCACGGCCUGGAGCCCCUGUCCUGGAAGAAGAGGCUCAACAUCGCGCUGGACGUCGCCCGCGGGAUGGAGUACCUUCACACCCUCGCGCAGCAGUGCUACAUCCACAGGGAUCUCAAGCCGGCCAACAUUCUCCUCGGCGACGAUUUCCGAGCAAAGGUGUCCGACUUUGGGCUGCUUAAAUCUGCGCCGGACGGGAACUUCUCCGUCGCAACCAGACUCGCCGGAACUUUUGGUUACUUGGCGCCUGAAUAUGCUGUGACUGGGAAAAUCACGACAAAAGCAGACGUUUUCAGCUUCGGUGUAGUGCUGAUGGAGCUGAUAACCGGAAUGACCGCCAUCGACGAGAGACGCAUCGACGAGGAAACCCGGUACCUGGCCUCCUGGUUCUGCCAGAUAAGGAAGGAUGAAGAGAAGUUCAGGGCAGCCAUCGACCCCUCCCUGGUCCUCACCGACGAGAUUCUCGAGAGCAUCUCGGUGAUUGCAGACCUAGCCGGGCACUGCACGUCCCGGGAGCCCUUGCAGCGGCCGGACAUGGGGCACGCGGUGACGGUGCUCGUCCCGAUGGUGGAGAAGUGGAAGCCGUCGAACAACGAAGCCGAAGAUUACAUGGGCAUCGACCUGCACCUGCCCCUGCUCCAGAUGGUGAAGGGGUGGCAGGAGUCGGAGGCGAGCAUGACGGACGGGGACAGCAUCCUCAGCCGCCUCGACGACAGCAAGGGCAGCAUCCCCGCCCGGCCCGCCGGGUUCGCGGAGUCCUUCACCUCGGCCGAUGGCCGGUGAAGCGUCUCAUCAUCAUCAUCGUGUCUGCAAAGAAAAAUAAGUACAUUGCCUGUCUCUCCUGGACCCUCUCCCCUCAGUUUUCGCUCGCAGUGUUCUUGUAGGUAAAAGAGUCGUCCGUCCGUCGUCCAUGUGCUUCCUUCUGUAGAUAUACAUCUCAGUUUUUUUUUUCCUGCCGGGUAGGAUGGAUUUGGCUUUUUCGUUGGUUGGUUAUUCCAGUCUUGGGACUGAAGCUUCUGGCUUUACCUAGCAGUCAUCAUCAAAUGAAAUGGUAUAAAUGUUUCUUUAAAUCCAUGUACCUGGAAUUUCUUUUCGCAAUGGCAUCUGGUUCCUGAUGCUGCAAGGAGAGGGGGACAGCACCAGU